AUGCCUAAAAUCACCACCCUCCUCUUCGACUGCGACAACACGCUCGUACUCUCGGAAUCCCUCGCCUUCGAGGCCUGCGCCGAACUCGCCAACGAGAUCCUCUCCUCGCGCGACAUCCCCGACCGCUACACCGGCCCGCAACUCCUCUCCGAGUUCGUCGGCCAGAACUUCCGCGGCAUGAUGGUCUCCCUCAAAGCCAAGUACAAGUACGAGAUGUCCGACGCGGAGCUCGAGACCUACGUCACCCGCGAAGAGGACCAGGUCAUCAAGAAGCUGAAGGAGAAGCUGCAGCCGUGCGCGGGCGUCGAUAAGGAGUUGCAGAAGUUGGAUCAGGAGAAGAAGUAUGAACUUGCGGUUGUGAGCAGUAGUGCGUUGAGGAGAGUUAGGGCUAGUAUCGAGAAGGUGGGCCAGGAUAAAUAUUUCCCGUACGAUUGGGUCUUCUCGGCGGCGACGAGUCUGGAGAAACCGACCAGCAAGCCGGAUCCGGCGAUCUAUCUUCAUGCGAUGAAGACGCUGAAUAAGACGGCGGAAGAGUGUGUCGCGGUGGAGGAUAGUAAGUCGGGGGCUACGGCUGCGUUUAGGGCUAAGAUUAAGACGAUUGGGUAUACGGGUUCUUAUGAGCCUGAAGAGCAGGAGAAGAUGAAGAAGGUAUUGGUUGAUGCUGGAUGUGCGGUUAUGAUGAAUGAUUGGAGCGAGUUUGAAGGGUGCUUGGAGAAGAUUGAGAAGGGUGAGGUUUAG